GCAUGGAACAGUUAAGUAUUUCAAAAAAUCAAACGAGCGCAUCCCGCUUGCUCACAAGCCCAAUUCAAAUCCUCGAAUUCCAUUAUCCGUACGCCAUCAGAUUAACCCAUUUAGUUGUUAGCGGGCUUAGGCUUGGGGGGAGCCUUGUUGUCCUUGGGAGCUGGGGCAUCGCCGCGCUUGUCGUGCUUGUCGUCCUUAGGGGGGGGAGGGAUCUGAGUGUCCUUGGGGGCGGGAGGGGCGUCACCGCGCUUCUCCUUGUUGUCCUCGGGCUUAGGAGGGGGGACCUCGGUGUUCUUCGGGGGAGGAGCGUCACCGCGCUUGUUCUUGUCACCGUCCUCAGGCUUGGGCGGGACAGUGGUGUCCUUGGGAGGGGGAGGAGUGGUGGUGUCCUUCGGGGGAAGAGCAUCGCCACGCUUCUGCUUGUCAUCCUCAGGCUUAGGAGGGGGAGGGACCUGAGUGUCCUUGGGGGCAGGAGGGGCGUCACCGCGCUUCUGCUUGUCGUCCUCAGGCUUAGGAGGAGGAGGGACCUGAGUGUCCUUGGGGGCAGGAGGGCCGUCACCGCGCUUCUGCUUGUCAUCUUCAGGCUUAGUGGGAGGGGGCACCUCGGUGUUCUUCGGAGGUGGAGCGUCGCCACGCUUCUGCUUGUCGUCCUCAGGCUUAGGAGGAGGGGGGACCUGAGUGUCCUUGGGGGCGGGAGCGUCAUCACCCUUCUUCUUCUCGUCCUCAGGCUUAGGAGGAGGGGGGACCUGAGUGUCCUUGGGGGCGGGAGGAGCAUCACCACGCUUGUUCUUGUCACCGUCCUUGGGAGGGGGGACCUGAGUGUCCUUAGGAGGAGGGGGGACAUCGCCACGCUUGUCGUGCGGCACAGGGAGGUCAGUCGGAGCGCCAGGAGCAGGAGCCUGGAUGUCGGUAGGGCGAACACCCGGAGGGGCAGCGGACACAAGUCCGGCAACCAUCAUGGUAGAGAGAAUGGCAGAGACCUUCAUGUUGAAGAGUUCGAUUGAUUGGAUAGAGGAGUGAUUGCUCUGAGUGCUGUUGAGAUUGGAUUGUUUGAU